ACUAUGAUAAACAGAGUAACUUACCGACUAAUAUUACUCAUCGCACUGAGCGGAGCUCCGCUAGUACAAGCCGAAGAGAAUGCAACGGCCGUUGAUGUGGACUUUCUGCCACUCAAAAGGGCCGUGCGUUGUACUGCCGCCAAGUGUCAGCUGCCGAAUUGUCGCUGCUCGGGCUUACGUCUGCCGAGCGCCGAGUUUCAGGGACGUGAGCAGGAAAUACCACAGCUCAUCACAGUGACCUUCGACGAUGCGGUGAAUGUGAUAAACUACGAACAGUACCAGAAACUCUUCGACGGUCUCAUCAAUCCGGACAACUGCAGUGCACGCGGCACAUUCUUUGUCUCACACGAGUACACCGACUACACACUGGUGAAUGCGCUCUAUCAGCAGGGUCAUGAGAUUGCUUUGCAUUCGGUUACACACGGCACGGGCACGGACUAUUGGCGUGAGGCGGACGUUGAACUUUUAAUGGCUGAAUUUGGUGAGCAAAUAGAAAUGCUGAUGAAAUUCGCCAAAGUGAGCCGCAAGCAUAUACGUGGUUUGCGUUUGCCUUUCCUGCAGAGCGCCGGUAAUAAUUCUUAUGAAGCGGCAAAACGUUUGGGUUUGCUCUACGAUAGCUCAUGGCCAACACAACGUUAUCGCAGUCCCGCUAUGUGGCCUUAUACCUUGGACUAUCGUUCGACACAGGAUUGUCAGAUUGGGCCCUGUCCGAAUGCCGCCAUACCUGGUUUUUGGAUUAAUCCAAUGGUUACUUGGCUCGAUACCGCCGGUUAUAGUUGUGCCAUGAUCGAUGGUUGCAUAUAUCCACCGCAAGAUAACGUCGACGCUUUGUUCGAAUGGAUGUUGGAGAACUUCAACAGACACUAUGAGGGUAAUCGUGCACCAUUCGGCAUGUAUCUGCAUGCGGCUUGGUUCCAGCGUGGACGGCAUCAUUUUGACGCUCUUAAGAAAUUUCUCCACUACGUGAAUACACUACCCGAUGUAUACUUAACAACCGCCUCGCGUGUCAUACACUACAUGAAACAUCCGAGUUUGGGUAAACCCUUCAAUGGCUGCCCGAAGAAACCACAAACAACAUGUAUAAAACGCAGUUGUGGACUCCGAAAGGUGGAAACCGGUGAGAUACGCUAUAUGAAUGUGUGUGACAGUUGCCCCUCCGUUUAUCCCUGGUUGGGCAAUCCAUUUGGCCAGACCGAGUACUAAGUUGGAAAAAGGAAUACAGAGAAAAGUACAAGUUUUUCAAAUGUGAAGUACUUGAGAAGACCGGAAGAAGACAUGCGAAGUGGCGCAGUUAUGUUGAUGAGUAUAAAGUUGUUGGUAGAAUGUGCAGUGAAGAAAAUCUCUUUUUUUUAAAGAACCAAAAGUUCGAUACUCAAUAAAACUGAUUUAAAACGCA